UAUCCUCAUGAUUAAUGGAUACCUGGCCAGUUUUCUGCUGGCUCUGCUGGUGACAUCUACGAUAGUCACAUCUUCUGAUCACUUAGACGCUGAAAUACGUUGGCACCUUAAGCGACUCAAUAAGCCGGCUCUUACGUCCAUAAAGAGUCCAGACGGAGAUAUAAUUGAUUGCGUCCCUAUUACCAAGCAACCGGCUUUAGAUCACCCUUUGCUCAAAAACCACUCGAUCCAGAUGAGGCCGAGUUCCCGUCCAAAAGGUACUUCUACUGGUAACAAAGACCCCCUGAACAACAAGAAAGAGCCAAAGGCAAUAACUCAACUUUGGCACUUGAAUGGAAAGUGUCCAGAAAACACGGUUCCAAUCCGAAGAACAAGAAAAGAAGAUUUCCAACGAGCAACAGACAUUGAGAAUUACGGUAAAAAGAGUCAGAACAGCAUCCCAAAACCGCAAUCCGGUAGCUCAACCAUAGGGCAUGAGCACGCCGUGAUGUACUCGUACGGCGAUUACUAUGGAACUAAAGCAUGGAUAAAUUUGUGGAAACCUCUUGUCGAAAAACCGAACGAGUUUAGCUUAGCCCAGCUUUGGGUCGUGGCUGGGAGUGGUUCUGAUAUCAAUACCAUUGAAGUUGGUUGGCAGGUGUACCCGCGAUUCUACGGGGAUAAUAACCCUAGGCUCUUCAUUUAUUGGACUAGUGAUGGGUACCAAAGGACAGGCUGCUACAAUCAUUUAUGCUCGGGCUUUGUCCAAACCAACAAUGACAUAGCCAUCGGCGGAUCUUUUAGAGUCGCGUCAAACUACAAAGACGCCCAAUAUGUAAUCAUAUUGCUUGUAUGGAAGGACCCUACAUCAGGAAACUGGUGGCUGGAUAUCAAUGGCAAAGACAUCGGGUAUUGGCCGGCCUCGUUGUUCACUCAUCUUUCAGACAAAGCAAGGUUAAUUGAAUGGGGAGGCGAAAUCGUGGAUGACCGAUCGAGAGGACAGCAUACGUAUACUCAGAUGGGCAGUGGACACUUCGCCGAGGAAGGGUUUGGUAAGUCAAGCUUCAUCAUGCACAUCGAAACUGUUGAUGGGUCUAACACUUAUAGAGAGCCUGGGACGCUUGGAGUCAUCAGUGCUUAUCAAAACUGCUACAAUGUCAAGUAUGGUGAUGGAGACUCGUCAAUGGGGACUCACUUUUACUUUGGUGGUCCUGGCAGAAACCCUAAUUGCCCAUGAAUGCAUGUGCAUAUACGGUAUCGAUAUUAGCAUAUACUUACAUGUAUAUGUGUGUGUGCCUUUUUAUGUGAGUCAAUGUAUGUUAUAUAAGAACCUUGUGAGAUAAGGUGUACUUUUCUAAUGCUUGUGUUCGAAAGUCUGUACUUUUAUUUAAGGCAUGUUAAUGUAUGUUUCAUGAAUAAAAAUGCCUUUAUACUUCGUA